CCGCGCCUGCGCGCUGCCGUUUUUCUGGUGGCUGUGGCUUGUCGGCGGUGUGGUGUGUGAGGGGAGACGGCUAGGGUGGAGGCUACUGAGUACCCCCGGACUCGCCACCAUGAGCAGCACUUUAGCAAAGAUUGCAGAGAUCGAAGCUGAGAUGGCUCGGACUCAAAAGAACAAAGCCACAGCACAUCACCUAGGGCUGCUUAAGGCUCGCCUUGCUAAGCUUCGUAGAGAACUCAUUACACCAAAAGGUGGUGGUGGUGGUGGGCCAGGAGAAGGUUUUGAUGUGGCCAAGACAGGUGAUGCUCGAAUUGGGUUUGUGGGUUUUCCAUCUGUGGGGAAGUCAACACUGCUGAGUAACCUGGCAGGAGUGUAUUCUGAGGUGGCAGCCUAUGAGUUUACUACUCUGACUACUGUGCCUGGUGUCAUCAGAUACAAAGGUGCCAAGAUCCAGCUCCUAGAUCUCCCAGGUAUCAUUGAAGGGGCCAAGGACGGGAAAGGUAGAGGUCGUCAAGUCAUUGCAGUGGCCCGUACAUGUAAUUUGAUCCUGAUUGUUCUGGAUGUCUUGAAACCCUUGGGACACAAGAAGAUAAUUGAAAAUGAGCUGGAAGGCUUUGGAAUUCGCUUGAAUAGCAAACCUCCUAACAUAGGCUUUAAGAAGAAAGACAAAGGAGGCAUUAAUCUCACAGCCACUUGUCCUCAGAGUGAGCUAGAUGCUGAAACUGUGAAGAGCAUUCUUGCUGAAUACAAAAUUCAUAAUGCUGACGUAACUUUGCGUAGUGAUGUUGUAUGGUACUAUUGGGAGUUGGGUUGA